AUAGAGCUUCGGUACAGGAGUCUUAGUUCAUCAGAACAUAUAGAAACCCCAAGUCAGCAACAUGGUUGCGUGGACAGAUUUCGAGCGCUCUACCAUCCACGACAUCUUUUCAAAGGUCGACGUCGCAUCAGUCGGUCACCAGGCGUUAACAAGGUGUCUUGUCGUGUACCCAUGGACCCAGAGGUACUUCAGUAAAUUUGGAAACUUGUACAACGCCGCUGCCAUCGCUGGAAACCCCAAGGUUGCUGCCCAUGGCUUGGUCGUAGUCGGCGCUCUGGAGAAAGCCGUGAAGAACAUGGACAACAUCAAGGGCACUUUCACCGAACUGAGUGUGCUGCACUCCGAGAAACUACACGUGGAUCCCGAUAAUUUCAGGCUGCUGGCUGACUGCAUCACCGUUGUCAUCGCCUCUGUCAUGGGUGCCAGCUUCACAGCUGAAGUGCAGGCAGCUCUGCAGAAAUUCCUGGCUGUCGUAGUCUCUGCACUCGGAAAGCAGUACCACUAAACGCUGAAAUGACUUUCAGUUAUUAAAACGACCAUGUACUUGGCAAAACAAGUCUUUGAAUAAAAAAAAAAACAGUA